CGGCCGUUCGCGUGCGACAUGUGCGCGCUCUCCUUCAACCGCCAGCACGACCUCAAGCGCCACCGCGACACGCACACGGGCGAGAAGCCGUUCUUCUGCAACGGCGGGUGCGGGAAGACGUUCACGAGGAAGGACGCGCUGAAGCGGCAUCAG